GCAACGCUCAACCUAGGAGCCGGUGAAUAGAGAGUUGCUGGGAAAUGCCUUGGAGCCCAUAGGUCACCCGGAAGAGUGGAACCCAGUGCCGUCGAGAGUGGGACUUCCUGAAAUGAUCUUGCCCGGUAUAUUCGGACCUGCUGAAUCUUCGAUUCUCCAAAUACGUGCUUCAAAUCGUCGUCGCCUGCCUCUUUCCCUGUUUGUUGAUGGUUGAUGUUGAUGUAAGGUAGGAAAACCUGGACUGUGGUAAAGGAAAGCAGCGCUUACCUAAGCAUCCCAACCGCAAAUGCCUCCGUCAAGUUCAUCGAAGAGGCCUCGACCGAUCCGCCGUGCUGAACGCAAGCUAUCUGCUGUGCAACCUCGACCAAGAACGCACGCAUUUACAGGAUGCCUUACCUGUCGAGAGCGGCAUGUGAAAUGCGACCUGGGGCAGCCAACAUGCCAGAAUUGUGCGAGAUUAAAGGUUGCAUGCGAGGGGUAUGCGCGGAAAUAUUCGUGGAUGCCUCCCAAGAUUCCAGGCCAGAAGAGACGACUCUCAGGUCCAGAUCCUAUCGAAGAAGUAGAAGAAAGUCAGAGCAGUCGUAGAGUACUAUUCUCAGAUGAAGAGAGAGAGGCCAUGAUCAUUCAAAUGAGAGACGAAUGCUGUUCGGUUUCUUCCAAUCUUGGCCUUGAUGGAGUGCUUCGAGAAUUACAAGACCGGAUUCCUGGAAACCAAUUUUUGAGGAUUGGUCCUUUCGGAAUUCUUCCCCUAAAUAACGAGUCUCCCAAAACAGAGUCGCCAUCCGAUGAUGCUCACGAUGUUGAGUUAGUAGCGAGAAUCAAGACGCCCGAGUUGAAUUUGUCGCUGUCUCAAUUCUCUUGGGGUGACAUCGAUGACCUUCAGACAUGGGAUGCAUUAGAGACUGAAUCCGCCACGGCACUUGUGAACUUGAGAUUCACACCGGACAAAGAUCUGUGCAGCGCGGACACCCCAUCUCAGUGGUUAAUAUCAAGAUCGACAUCAGCAGUUCAUUUGAAUUAUCAAAGCAAUGAGCAAGAACUCGAAUCGGAGCUGCAUAUUCAAAACCUCAUGACGAGCAAUGAGAAAGAUACAGAGACUGAAGACGUGGAACUAUCUUUAACCUCUUGGCAAAAUCUGCCCUCCAUCAUCACCAUGUCCAAUGAAGAAAAUAUGUCCAAAAUUCCGUCCGAGGCUCGUUUGUUGCUGGACUACUAUUCCACAAAAAUUAUUGAUCUCAUGUCAAUGUCACCUAGACAGAAGCCUCCUUGGAAAACAAUCCAUUUACCAUGUGCUAUGAGCGCUCUUGCCGAGCUGAUUGUGUACGGUGAAACCAGAACUUUCGCGAAGAUGGCACUUUUCUAUGCACUUCUCUCAAUCAGCUCCUUUCAAAUUGGUCUUGGCACCAAACACUGCACCGAGACUGGUCGCUACUGGCUUGAGAGAGGUAAUUACCAUAAGAAGAAAUCCGAAAAGUAUCUUCGAUCUGCUCUGGAUACGAGCAUGUCGAAGUCAUCUCGCGGAAAGUACAAAGAAAUACUGAUGACUACUCUUAGUAUGGUCACUAUUGGUGUCUUCAGUGGAAAUAUGCAAGAUGUCCACAUAUACUUGGCUGAGAGCGAAAGUCUGAUUCGUACCGAAGGAUUACCGAAGCCUGUGAAGUCGCAAAAAGUUUCCAAACUGCACCAUAUAUUUUCAUUUCUCAAAAUCAUUCAUGAAAGCACUUCACUGAGGGGUACGAAACAAACAGCAGUCAGCAAUAGCGACCCUUGGGCGAAAAAUAGUACAGACAAUCUGGCAGAAUCGAACGAUUUUGCGCAAUCGGCAAGCUCCAGACUUGCUUGGGUCCAGGAAGAUGAGACUGAAGAUCCGGAGGACGCACUUUUCGUUUCAAUAUACCAGCUUCCUACCACGUUGCUAUCUCUACUCUCACAAACAUCGUCACUAUGCAAGCAGCUAAUGUCUCCGGAAUCAUCGACUCCUGAAUUCGCCCGCAGGUGCCAGCUCAUUGAAGACAGGAUAUUCAGAUGGAAAGCUCCAGCAAACCUCAGCUUGAAGAAUUAUUUUAGCAGUACCAAUUCAGCCGACAUGUGUUCACCUGAUGCUGCAGCAGAAGAGAUAGCUGCGCAUCUCGUCAACGCUACUUACCAAGCUCUGAUCGUCCAUUUCCAGAGGCAGAUCCGCAACACAAAUCCUCGAGUCCUGCAACACUAUGUGAUCAGCGCCGCAGACCAUCUUCUGGCACACGAGCAACUGAAGCAAAGUCUCAAAAUUGCCACUGCACCAUUUCCGUGGCCUGGAUUUAUUGUUGGAUGUGAGGCAUACGACUUUGCUGCUCGACAGAAAAUGGACAUGUAUCUCAAGCUUGUUCGCUACUACAACGUGGGAAGUCUUGUUGAAGCGGAGAAAGUGGUUUACGAGGUCUGGAGACGACAAGACUCGGGUCAACUUGAUAACCACUGGGGGGACGUUUUGAAGGAUUGGGGUAUGGAAGUUGUCCUGACUUAAAAUUUGCCAUUUUCGAAACACCAUCAGAGCAAAAGCGUCUUCCCAAGCCCACUCUUCUUUCAGAAGUGCUUUCUCCAUAGCCAGGUCAGCUGACUGCCCACUAUGUUGUGGGUCUUCCAGAAAGGAAG